AUGGCGGCGGCGGGCGCGCAGGGGCGCGGGGGCCCGGGGCAGGCGGGCGGGCCGGGCCGCCGGGCCCUGUACUUCUGCGGGAGCAUCCGCGGCGGCCGCGAGGACCGGGCGCUGUACGAGCGGAUCGUGUCGCGGCUGCGGCGCUUCGGCACCGUGCUCACCGAGCACGUGGCAUUCGCGGACCCGAGCGCGUGCGGGGAAGAGGCUGCUGGGGGUGACAGGCUCAUCCAUGAUCAGGACCUGGCCUGGCUGCAGCAGGCAGACUUGGUUGUAGCAGAAGUGACCCAGCCAUCCCUGGGUGUAGGCUACGAGCUGGGCAGGGCCGUCGCCCUCAAUAAGCGAAUCCUGUGCCUGUUCCGCCCACAGUCUGGCCGAGUGCUUUCGGCCAUGAUCCGGGGAGCAGCAGAUGGCGCGAGGUUCCAGGUGUGGGACUAUGAAGAGGGAGAGGUGGAGGCCAUGCUGGAUCGAUACUUUGAGGCUGAGGCUGAGCCUCCCAAGCAGGUGGCUUCCUCCCCUGACCCAACCACCUGACCCAACCCCAUUUAUUCAACUCUUCUGAUUCCAGACUCUGUUCUAAUACCAUUCCUGCCCCAAAGCCCCAGUACCAAAUUAAAAGGUAUGUUUAAAAUUCUAA